GCAUGCACGCACUUAGCAUUAAGAAGGAGUAGCUGGUACCUAAUUUUCUCGGUCUUCUAACGCUUGAUAACAAGUACAGGUACCAGGCCUAUGGGCAACUGGAAAGCAGCAAGCGCUCGCCUCCGAUGUGCUUUCCCGAAACGGGCCAAGCCCCCACACUUCACACCUUUCGGCUUUGCGACCUCACGAAUUCUCCCGAGCUUUUUUUUCUCCCUCAUACAGAGGAUCCAAAAUUCAAAAACCCCAAAAAAAUCGUCAUCAAUUGCGCCCCGGCCAGCGAUUCCCUGCCACCGAGACGAGCCUCCUCGAAACCCGCCGCUUCUCCCUAGAGCCGACCCGGUUUCCUCUCUCUCACUCUCUCCUCCCUCUCCGGUCCAACCGCCAGACUUUCGCUCCAGCAGCCAUCAUGGCCCCCUCAUCGCUUGCUCGCCCCAUGCUCCGCUCGCCGGCCCUGCGCCAGCUUGCCUUCCGCCGCUUCGAGAGCUCUGCCGCCAACAAGGCCACCGAAGCCGCCAAAGAUGCUGCCGGCAAGGCCAAGGAGUACCAGGCAAAGGCUGCGCAGGGGCUGUCGCGCGUCGCGGGUGCCGCUGGCCCUGCCAUUGCCGGAGCUGCUCGUGGCCUCACCAACGCGCUCGGCAAGGUCGGUGGACGCACCGGCAAGCUCAUCAGCUUCGUUGAGAAGCAAACCCCUCAGGCCGUCUACUACGGCAAGGUUGCCGUCGAGACUAGCAAGAUUGUCUUCCACGCCCAGAAGAUGAGCCCUCCUUCCAUUGCCACCUUCCAGAACUUCUACCAGUCCCUGUGGAAGUCCAUCCAGAGCGGCGCCAUUCUCAAGUCUCCCCAGAACCUUCUUCAGCAGGCCCGCAGCCUGACUCCUGGCCAGCUGGUUGCUGGUGGUGUCAUCUUCGCCGAGUGCCUGGGUUUCUUCACUGUUGGCGAGAUGAUUGGCCGAUUCAAGUUGAUUGGCUACCGCGGAGAGACUGCUUCGCACCACUAAAUGUGUCUGCGAAUGCCCAACUCCUUUUGAUUUUGUCAAAGGAGGUCAAAAAUAUCCAUAGCCUAAGCCUGGCCCCACCCGGCCAAGUUUGGUUGAUGCUCGAAGAAUGAGAACUGUCUGUGGUAGAGGAAGAAAGAAAAAAAUCUGGAGAGUGAAUGAAGAAAGAUGACAAGCACGCACACAUCACACGCAUACCAUAUAGGGGGAAAAC